AUGGCAAUACUUCCUCCGGAUCCAAAAUAUCUUUUUCGCGGUGAAAUGGGUUGUAUACACUGUAUUCUUUUCCAAAUAACAUCUAACAUAGAACAUCUUUAUGCAGGCACUGCUAAAGGCAAUGUUCACAUUUGGGAUUUAAAUACAAAUAGAGAACUAUGUCGAAUUACAUCAGAACAGGAUUCUUGCUUAAAUUUACAAAGUUUAAAUAAUAACUUGUUUGUACAACAUAAAUCUGGUUUAAUAAAAGUAUAUAAAAAAACAGAAUCUCAAUGGACUAUGCAUAAAUUCAUUAAUAUAGAUUUUUAUCACUAUUGCAGGUUUCAAGUAUUUUCUGAAAAUGAAAUAUGUUUACCACUUAAAGAAUCCAGUGUUGGAAUAUUAUCUACGAAUAAUUUUAACAUAGAAUUGAAAUUGAAUUCUCCAGAUUUUAAAAAUCUGGGAGAAGUAAUGACUAUUAAACCACUGAAAAAUGAAAAACUAGUUUUGGUUGGUUAUGAAGCAGGAAAAUUAAUCCUAUGGGAUAUUCGACAAUGUAGAAUAUUAAAUUGUCUAACAAUAGAAACAUGUCCAAUGGCAUUAGAUUUUGAUACUACUUUAUUGAAAGGUGCUGUUGCAGGUCCUACUAAUAAUAUACAGAUAUUUAAUUUAUCAGUUAAUCAUUUAUUGCAAAAUAAGAAUAAAAUAACUCUGAUAAAUCCUGGCACUUCUGUAAUAACAAUUAGAUCUGAUGCUAAAAUAAUGGCAGUUGGAGGAUGGGAUAGUCGAGUUAGAAUAUUUUCUUGGAAAAGUUUAAAACCAUUAGCUGUUUUAAAUCAACAUAAAGAUACUGUACAUGAUAUUAGUUAUUCUACACAAAGAAUAAAAGCAUAUGAUAACAAAUUUAUAAUGGCUACAGCUGCAAAAGAUGGAUACAUAGCAUUAUGGGAUAUUUAUAAUUAA